AUGUCAUCUCAGCUAGCUGGUGUGGAGGAGCAAAACGAGCUCAUUGUCGAGUAUCUCAGUGCAAUGGCACUGCGCGUUGAGACGUUGCGAUCCAAAGCAAUUGAUAUCCGCAACAGUGUCGCCAAUGAGAGAAACGAAAAGCCGAGCGAGUAUCUCCUACCGCUAUCGCUUGUAAAAGCGGCAGAGAUGAUUUUGCAGAUGAUCGAUACUUGCGGGUAUAGUGUUGUUGAGUUGCACAAACUCAAUCUGGCCGAUGCGAUGCCCAUCAUUUCGUGGAAGGAGCUCAAGAUUCACUUGGAUCUGCUUUCAUACUUUGGCUCAGCAGCUUCUACUACGCUUUCUUCAGCGCGUAAAGAGCUACUGAUCAUGGCGCAUACUGGCAGCCACCGGGGAGCUGUACAAAACUUCCGCAGUACGCCUGAGGUUACUUUGCUCAUAUGCCUCUUCCAUCUCUGGUCAAGAGCGGUAUUGCACGACUCGUCUGUACCUGACUUGUACCGAGAGCAUCUUUCGAAAAUGCAAUACGAAGCUAGCCGUCGGCCAUCUAAGCUUGCCCUCCGAGAGUUGUACCUCUUGGAAGAGGAAUUCGAGAUGGUAGCCUCUAUCUGCGCUCAACAACGCAGCAUGAUCAGGGAUUUCUACGACAUCAUCGGUCCCUCCACCUAUCGCAUAGCCACCAAAGAAUGUUUCAGAGCCGACAGAGACAUCGUGAUUCCCCUCAUGAACCAAAAUCACAACAAUCCUGUCAACAUGGGAGCAACUUCUACAGGAGUAAGAGAAACACAGGCAUUGUUCGAUAGGACCAAAGAGGUGCUCCGCCACAACGUUGAAGUCUCAGAAGAAAGCAACUCGAAAGCCAUCAGAGUAUUUACUCUAGUGACAAUCGUGUUUCUCCCUCUUUCUUUCAUCUCUUCUGUAUUCGGCAUGAACACUACGGAUAUAAGAGACAUGAACAGCUCGCAAGCUCUCUUUUGGGUCAUUGCCAUUCCUGCCACAACGCUGAUUGGAGGACUCUCUUUGAUGAUCGCAUAUCAUGGAACGUACAUGUGGGCUAAGGUACGCGCGAUGGGCGAUGCUAUGUGGGGAUCAGAGAAGAUACCGCGCGGGCGACGUGCCUGGAAACGAAAGCCAAAAGACGUGGAAAAGGUAGACGAUGGCGAGAUUGCAGACACACGGCCUCUGGGACCAGGUCAUCUCCGGAGAAGGAAGACAGUCUUGAACGUUGUUGGGUCGAAGAAACCAAGGAAGUUCCGGUAA